UUCCUCUUGCAACUGUAUCAAUCUACCAGAAGAUCUUACCUUCCAAUCUCUGCAUAGAGGGAGGCUGAUCAGAAUUACUUACCUGGAGAUCACACUCUUUGGCUGUCUUUUAACAGAAGUACACCUGUAUCUCCAAUCAUCCUCAGCAUCUUCUAAUGGAAGCUUUGAUGUAAGGAAAGUGUAAAUUAGUUUCAUAUCCAUCUGUUCUACCAGAGUUUCAUAUUUACCCAUAGGAAAAUAAAGUGGAAAAAAGAUUUUGAAGGGCAAACAUGGCAAAUCAUACAUUAUCUUUGGAAAUGCAUUUACUUAAUGAAACAGGAUUAAAUCAAACACUAGACAAAAUGCCUCAGAAUGCCCUCGAGGUCCAGGUGGUCACCAUUCUCCUUGUACUUUUGAUCUGUGGAGUAGGUAUUGCUGGCAAUAUCAUGGUCGUUUUAGUGGUAUUAAGGACCAAACACAUGAUGACUCCUACUAACUGUUAUUUGGUUAGUUUGGCCAUUGCUGACUUGAUUGUACUACUGGCUGCCGGUCUACCCAAUAUUUCUGAUGUGGUGGCCUCUUGGGUCUUCGGUUAUGCAGGUUGCCUCUGCAUAACUUAUCUUCAGUACCUGGGGAUCAACAUUUCGGCUUGCUCCAUCACUGCGUUUACUAUAGAAAGAUAUAUCGCCAUUUGCCAUUCCAUUAAAGCUCAGUUUAUCUGCACUGUCUCCAGGGCCAAAAAGAUUAUUGCCUUUGUGUGGAUGUUCACCUCGAUGUACUGUGUGAUGUGGUUUUUCCUGGUGGACACCAAGGAAGUCAAGUUUGCCGAUGGGGUUCAAGUCAACUGUGGUUAUAGGGUCUCUCGAAACUUGUAUAUGCCCAUCUAUUUCCUGGACUUUACCAUAUUUUACGUGAUCCCUCUGGUCCUGGCCACAGUUCUUUAUGGAUUGAUAGCGAGAAUAUUAUUCAUGAAUCCUCUGCCUUCGAACCCUCAGGAUUUGAGCCGAAUGAGCUCAAAGCAUCAUGGGAAACCGUAUAAUUCCAUCAAACUUUCUUGCAAGGGAAAUAAAAACACAGUGAGCUCCAGAAAACAAGUAACCAAGAUGCUGGCUGUCGUUGUCAUCCUGUUUGCUCUUCUGUGGAUGCCAUAUCGUACCCUGGUAGUGGUCAACUCUUUCAUGGACCCUCCAUAUCUCAACGUGUGGUUCUUGCUCUUCUGCCGAAUGUGCAUCUAUCUUAACAGCGCCAUCAACCCAAUCAUCUACAACCUCAUGUCUCAGAAGUUCAGAGCUGCCUUUAAAAAUCUCUGCAAAUGUGAGCAAAAAAGGACAGAAAAGGCAGUCAAGUACAACGUUCCUGUCUACUAUAGCGUGAUGAAAGACAGUUCCCACGACAGCCCGGAUCACGACCUUACCGUACAAGAGGACAUCAAUGGAUUCCCUUCUAAAAAAGUAAAUUUCACACAGAAAUGCAUAGACACCACAACAACUUAUAGUGUGGCGUAAUAUUUC